AUGGCCGAAUUCGCACCACUGACCGGUUUUCAGAGCCCAUCACCGAAUAGCUUCUACACUUACUCCGACUCCGGGGCCAAUGACCCCCGUGCGCAUAGCAGCAACACCGACAGUACCUACCGAACAGCCUCCACUAGACUUCCUCGAAAGCCGUCUCUCCAAACAGUCCAGGGCCACGCGACCUCACCAUCCGGCGGCGGAUCCUCGUCUCACCCUUCCAAAUCAAGAGCGGCGUCCGUGUCCAGGCUUCAGCAGCAGCAUGGGCGACAGCUGAGCCUUCAACAUAGCCUUGAGAAACCAUUGCCAGAGCCGCCGGCCUCGACAAGUCCCACAACGCCUCCGACGGCGACCCACACUGCCUUCGACAGCAUUUCGCAGAGCAUCGGUGCCGUAGACCCGCGCUUCGUCGAGUCCCGGUUGGAUAAUAGAACAAGCCCCAUGGACUCGGCGGGCUCGGCUGGCGCCAGCCAGAUGUACGGUGCAUCGGGCCAGGAGAAUUUCUACACGCAGGAGAUGACGAGCAACAUGGGCGGCGGCGGCUUGACCGCCGCGAGAUAUGCCAGUGCUGAUGAAUAUAGAGAAGCUCAUAGAGAUGCGCAUAGGGAGCCACAUAGGGAGGGAUUAACUCCGAGGAGCAACGGCUCUGUAUCAGCAGGCAUGUCGCCCGCGAUUGUGCAGCAGCCUCAGAUGCAGACUCCCUCUGCUACCCCAGUCGGCGGCCCUUCUCAGGGAGCUGGGGGAUCUUCAGCACAUCUGUCGGGUUUGAUGUGCAAUGUACAUCGAACGACGGGCCAGGAGCCCCCACCGCUGGUUGGAGCUACCACGACGAUUCUUGGUGACAACCUGUACGUGUUUGGCGGCCGGAUUCUCUCGCGAAGCCGUCCUGCGCCCUUGACCUCUGACCUGUACGAGUUGGAUCUCAUACGCCGCCACUGGACGCGACUCGAGGUGACUGGUGAUAUUCCACCGCCGCGAUACUUUCAUUCCAUGUGUGCUCUCGGAGGCACCAAGAUGGUUUGUUAUGGUGGUAUGUCCCCGGCGCCAAAUCAGCCCAUGGGCGCAGAUCAGCAGCAGCCUGAAGUUACCGUCAUGUCCGACAUUCACAUAUACGACGUCCCUACAAAGAAAUGGUCUUACGUCCCGGCACAAGACGCCCCCCAGGGCCGUUAUGCCCAUUGUGCAACCAUUCUCUCGUCCUCUGCCACGUUUUCGUCGAAAGCCGCCCCUCUCUCUGCUCUCCAGCACAACCCAUCCAACGGCAACCCCAACGAAGGCCGAAUUGGUAUCAACAUUGACGGCUCAGGAGGCGCCCAGUUGGUUAUUGUUGGAGGACAGGAUGGUGCAAAUCACUAUAUCGAACAGAUUAGUGUCUUCAAUCUGAGGAGUCUCAAGUGGACGACAAACCAACCUCUGGGAAAGAGUUGCGGUGCCUACAGGAGUGUCGCUGCAUCGGUACCUCCCGCUGUAAGUGCGAGAAUCGGAAUGAACGCCCAGAACGGCCAGCAACGCACCGAUAGCACCGCUGGCCAGGAACCCGGAUCAUCAAUGCUCAUCUACUCCAACUACAACUUCUUGGACGUCAAACUCGAGCUCCAGAUUAGGUCUCCUGAUGGGACCUUGACAGAACGGCCUAUGACCGGCAGCUAUUCGCCACCCGGUCUUCGCUUCCCGAAUGGCGGUAUCAUUGAUACUCACUUUGUGGUCAGCGGGACGUACCUCACAUCAUCGAAGCAAGAAUAUGCGCUCUGGGCUCUGGACCUCCGAUCUCUCACCUGGAAUCGCAUCGAUGCGGGGGGCAGCGUAUUCAGCCAAGGCAGCUGGAACAGGGGCGUCUUGUGGAACCGACGGAAUACAUUUGUCAUACUGGGCAACAGGAAGAGGAGUUUGGUCGACGACUAUAAUCACCGACGCAUCAAUUUCUCCAACGUUUGCAUGGUAGAGCUGGAGGCCUUUGGCUUCUACGAUAACCCGCGCAAGACAGACCCCAUGUCUGGCUUCAUCUCAGCCAGCAGCCCUUAUUCCGGGUUGGCCCUGAGCCUUGCGAAGAAAGCUGGUGCUACCGCCGGCGGCCGCUUCCACUCUCGGGCGAGCGAGGACUUGGGCGAGAAAGUACUCUCGUUCCGGGAACUUGCUGACAUGGACAUCCUGUGUAUCGGCGGCGAGCGGAUACCUGUCAACUCUCGAAUUGUUGCGCGGAGAUGGGGUCCAUACUUUGUCCAGCUUCUGCGAGAGGGCACCGCAACACAGGAUGGCAGCGACGCUGUGACCUUGCGAUCUGGCUUGUCGAGCAAUCCUCUGCGCGCGUCAGCAUUGACCAUCACGCCAGGCCGAAAUUUUGACGAUGCGGCAACGCUGGUUGGCAGCACGAAUGAUGAUGCAGUUGCGGCCGUCAACAACGCCCCGACACCUCGCAGCUUGAUGCCCAAUUCAAGGCCGCGGUGCCUCUAUCUUCCACACACAUACCUGACCAUUCAGGCUCUGCUACACUUUUUGUAUACUAGCUCCUUACCCUCGCCGACCUCUUCGCUGUGCACACCGCAGAUCCUCUGCUCUCUCUUACAAAUCGCGCGGCCAUACAGAAUUGAUGGCCUUCUCGAAGCCGUCGUUGAGCGCCUACAUGCUUUGCUCGACUCUAGGAACGCAGCAGCAGUGUUUAAUGCGACGGCCAUGGCAGCUGGUGGCGGCCGGGGCAUCGACGGAUCUCUGAAUCCCAACUUCUUCGUCGGCAGCCUGGAUCCCGUUGGAUCUCCGGUGUCGACAUCAGACUUUUCCCUCAGCGGCACUACUGCCAACGACUCCUUUUCGUCGGACCUGGCUUCGCGUACAGCCAGCCUGAGUCUCGCUCCUGGUAUGCAGCAUCCGGCACGUUCAUCUAGCGGCGAGAUCUCGGCGUCAACGAGCGCGAGCGGAUCUGAGUGGGGAUCGGAGAUGGGUGACAAUGAUCGCGAAGGUGUUGUCUGGAAUGGAGAGCUCAGCAGUGUCAUUGGCCUGCAAAAGAGAGGUCUCCGAGGACUGAUGGAGGGCCGAAGAAUGAGGGAGAGAACCGGAACCGGGACCGGAGGCGCGGCAGGCAUGGGGGCCGCUGGCAUUGCAGGCUAUGGCGGCCAAGCUGGCGGCCAGCGUGUAGGAUUGGGCAUUGCCGGACCGUGA